AUGGCCGAGGAAAUCAGCAAAAACUUUGAGACGCUUCAGCUCCAUGCUGGCCAGGAGCCUGAUCCCGCGACUAAUGCGCGCGCCGUGCCUAUUUAUGCUACAACUAGCUUUACAUUCAAGGACUCUGCUCAUGGCGCGAGGCUGUUUGGCCUCAAGGAGCCUGGCAACAUUUACUCCCGAAUCAUGAACCCUACUGUCGAUGUGUUUGAGAAGCGCAUUGCUGCCCUCGAAGGCGGUGUUGCCGGUCUCGCCGCCUCGUCUGGCCAGAGCGCUCAAUUCAUCACAAUCAACACGCUUGCGCACGCCGGCGACAACAUCAUCUCGACUUCGAACCUCUACGGCGGCACGUACAACCAGUUCAAAGUUUUCCUGCCGCGCCUCGGAAUCACGACCAAAUUCGUCAACGGCGAGAACCCCGACGAGAUUGAUGCUCUGAUUGACGACAAGACCAAGGCCAUCUACGUCGAGAGUAUCGGUAACCCACGCUACAACGUGCCUGACCUAGAGGCCAUUGCCAAGGUUGCGCAUGCCAAGGGAGUUCCUCUUGUGGUUGACAACACGUUUGGUGCUGGUGGCUACUUUGUGCGUCCGAUUGAUCAUGGGGCCGACAUUGUCGUGCACUCGGCCACCAAGUGGAUUGGCGGCCACGGCACCACCGUCGGCGGCGUCAUUGUCGACAGCGGCAAGUUUGACUGGGGCGCCAACGCCGCGCGCUUCCCGCAGUUCAUCGAGCCGUCCGACGGCUACCACGGCCUCAAGUUUUGGGAGACGUUUGGCGCCCUCUCCUUCAUCGUCCGCGCGCGCGUCGAGAUUGUGCGCGACCUCGGCGCCUACCUCAACGCCUUUGCCGCCCAGCAGCUGCUGCUCGGCACCGAGACGCUGUCGCUGCGCGCCGAGCGCCACGCCCAAAACGCCCUCGCCCUGGCCCGGUACCUGGAGAAGAGCGACAAGGUCGAUUGGGUCUCGUACCCGGGCCUGGCCAGCCACCCGUCGCACGAGACGGCCAAGAAGUAUCUCAAGAGGGGUUUCGGAGGCGUGCUGAAUUUUGGCGUCAAGGGCGGCGUCGCCGAGGGUGCCAAGGUUGUCGACAACUUUAAGCUCAUCUCCAACCUCGCCAAUGUCGGUGAUGCAAAGACUUUGGCUAUUCACCCGUGGAGCACUACCCACGAACAGCUUUCCGAUGAGGAAAAGACAAGCUCUGGCGUCACCGAGGAUCUCAUUCGAAUCUCGGUUGGUGUUGAGCACAUUGAUGACAUCAUUGCCGACUUUGAACAGUCUUUCAAGGCGGCCGGUAUCUAG